AUAAUUAUUGUCACUGUCAUAAAAGCAAGUAAGAAAUGAAACAAUAUAAACUAAUAAUUAUUUUAAUAUAAAAAUUGUAAAUCAAGGAAACUAAAUUUUAAAUAACGAAUACAUUUUUCAGUUCCUUUCCAGAUAAUAAGUUUUUCAAAACGAUGUCGUCGAUUAUAUCACUAGUCUGCCGUAUUUGUUACGAUAGUGAGAAGGACGAGGACCUGAUAACCCCAUGUGAUUGUAAAGGAACAGUAGCUUUUGUCCACAGAUCAUGUUUAGAAACUUGGUUAGGAGAGUCUAAUACCGCCAGCUGCGAGUUAUGCCACGCAGUGUUCCAAACAGAACGAGUGCCGCGAUAUACGUCAGGUAUUUCUAUUUGGCACUGGUGCUGGAAAUCCAAUGGUUCAGCUCAGGAUGUUAGAAGUGACAUAGUUGCCUGUACCAUUAUCACACCAUUAACUAUAAUUAUCACAUACGUCUGUUUAUUUUCAUCUGAAUAUUACAAUCAAAUCAAAUUCGCAAGUGUUCCAGCCGCUCGUUGGACAUCUGUGACUAUGUUAAUUAUGAUUGGAAUAAUGCUAAUUGCAUAUUAUAUGUGGGUUUAUUCUACUAUACGCAUGCAUGCCAGAAGAUGGUAUAACUGGUGGCAGAGAACAUGUAAUGUAAGAUAUAUUCCUCCUGGCACUGCAAUAGUUAUAGGCGGAACCGAUGAAGAAGCUGAAGUACUGGAACAAAACAGUACCACCAUAGUAUCAAUUGCAUUAAAUAAUAUCAUCAAUAACAUAAGUAAUUUAGAUGAAAGGAGUCUAAAUAGUUCUUCUGUAACUAACAAUAUAAAUUUAACCAAUGAUACUUAAAGGGCUUUCGUUAAUACAAUAUUUUCAUUUAUUUCAUAUACUUAUAAUUUU